AUGUGGAUGGGGCGAGGCUGUGACAUCAAGGGGCGGGUCUAUGACGCAGCAAUUGCAGAUCGUGUUGUGUUUGCGGCGCAAUGGACGGCUUCCAGGAGGAGUUCAAGCACUUUGCCACGGAGGCGAUACACGCGGGCCAGGAGGCAGAGCAAUGGAACUCUAUGGCCGUCGUACCCCCCCAUAAGCCUUUCCACCACGUUCAAGCAGUUUGGCCCUGGAGAACAUGCGCUUGUAUGGAUAGAAACCCCAACAAAUCCAACUUUAACAGUGAUUGAUAUCAAGGGCUGUGCUGAUAUUGUUCACAAACACAAAGACAUUAUUCUAGCAGUGGACAACACAUUCCUGUCUGCUUAUUUCCAGCGUCCCUUGGCUCUAGGAGCAGACCUCUGUAUGUAUUCUGCAACCAAGUACAUGAAUGGUCAUAGUGAUGUUGUCAUGGGGUUGGUGUCUGUAAAUUGUGACAAGCUGUAUGAAAAGCUAAAAUUUCUUCAGAAUUCGUUGGGAGCCAUUCCAUCCCCUUUUGAUUGUUACCUUUGCAAUCGAGGUUUGAAGACCCUGCCUCUGAGAAUGCAGAAACACUUUCAGAAUGCUUUAACUGUAGCAAAAUUUUUGGAGGCAGAUCCUCAUGUAGACAAGGUCUUAUACCCAGGGCUGCCAUCUCAUCCACAAUAUGAACUUACUAAACGACAGUGCACUGGUGUGUCUUGCAUGAUUACAUUUUAUGUUAAAGGAAAUCUUGAACAUGCAAAGACAUUUCUUAAGAGCCUAAAGGUUUUUACAUUGGCUGAGAGUCUUGGAGGAUAUGAAAGUUUGGCUGAGCAUCCGGCUAUCAUGACACAUGCUUCAGUUCCAGAAGAAGACAGAGCAGCACUGAAUAUUAGUGACACUUUAAUCCGCCUUUCUAUAGGCUAAGAAGAUGUGGAAGAUCUAAUUGAAGAUUUAGAUCAAGCUUUAAGGAGUGCUCCCUCUUCAAAUGUAUUAGUAUCCAUCAAAGCUCAACAGGAAAUCUUAAGAGUAAAGAGCUCCUUUAAUCUGGGCUUUUACUUUCCAGAUUUCGUCUGGACAAAAUCUGGAAAGUAA